AUGAACGCAAAACGGUCUGCGUGCGACCGCUGCCACAAGAUGAAGAUGCUGUGUCAGACGGAAGGACACGGUCAGAGCUGCAACCGAUGCCAGUCGGCGAGGACUCAGUGCACUUACAGCAAACCGGGGAGGCCGGGAAGGCCAGCCAACAAGGCCAGGAUCGUGUCGAACCCGAGCGGCGCGACGAACCAAGGGAGCGCAAUAGAGCCGGAGCCCGCCGGGGCUGGUAUUCCAGCGGCAAGCUUUCCACUCGCCGGCGAGAAUACCUGGAGGAACCCGCUCCCGGAGCACGCCGCAACCAAGGAGGCCGCAUACUUUCUGGAGGGGCAAAUAACACCCUGGACACCUUAUGGAAGCUUCUUGGACGCCUCAAGUCUGCCGCUCGACUAUACAGGUUGGUCCCUGAACAGCACGGAAGCCGACGUGUGCCCGUCAAGUUCGACGUCCACCGACCACCCGCCGACGGAGCCAGGCAUCAUGGGGGAGGCGGGUUUAUCCCUAGAGACGAAGCCGGACUCUCCCAUUUUCAUUGCGAGCAAGUUGCAUUUUGAUGACCAAGACUUCAUUCAACGUCUUGCGCAUUUUCAUGUAACUAUCACUUGCAUGAUCGACUACGAGGCGCACCUGGGCCCGGAAAAGCUUGAGCAGGAGGCAGCGCAUGUGCUCGAGAGCUCCUCUAAGUUCCUCGGGAUCAUCCAGGUGCUUGCAAGUGUGGCGGACACGGAGCGUCACCGGCGCAGAGGGCCGCAGGAGCCCUCCCCCUUCAACGCCUCCAUCUUCUUGCAACUCACCUCGAUAUCUAUACGGCUAAUCGAGAUGCACACCUGGCUCUACACCUCCAUCUACCGAUGCCUCCAGCAGGAACCCGACACGGUGAGCCAGGAGGCGGCAGGCGAGCCACCCUCGGCGCCGCAGCUGGGGUUCACCAUCGCCGGAGUGCGGCUGGCCCCGACCGCGCAUUUCCGGCUGCUUCUGAUCCUCCACACCGGCAUCUACUACCUUAGCCGCAUCCAAAAGGUGCUCGGGGAGGUCGAGGCGCUCCGGGUCGAAGCCGCGUCCGAGGUCUCGCCGGCCUUGCCUCUUCAGACGCGGAUGCUUAUUAGUGGAGACCAGAAGGGGCGCAUGGCCAAGAUCCGUUCGGUUUUAGCCAAGCUGAAAGAAGAGUUUGGGAUCUACUAUUCCGCCGGGGUCACAGAGGUUAGCGGGUGA